AGCAGAAGACGUUUUAACAGAUGGGAGAAAAUGUGCGAGAAAAUUAUUAAAUUCGAUAAUUUUUUUAGACCAAGUCUCAGAUGAUAAUAGGCAAUUAGGAUGGAGAAAUUCACGUGGUUAUCCAUCUGUCUUCUCUUUACGCUGUUUUUUGAAGCUGUGGUGAUUAAAUCGGAGACCGGCGAAAGUUUGUAUGACAAGUCGGACAGUGGGAUUGUCAUAUUGGAGAAGGCGUCUUUUGACAGAUCUGUGUACAACUCGGAAACUGUGUGGCUUAUAGAGUUUUAUAAUGAAUGGUGUGGACAUUGUAUCAGAUACGUCCCGACUUUUAAAGAUUUUGCCAGAGAUGUUCAGGGUUGGGAGCCAGUUGUUAAGAUUGGUACUGUUAAUUGUGCCAGUUCUGUGAACACUGAUUUGUGCCGUGAAAAGGAAAUCAUGGCGUAUCCAACCUUACGGAUGUUUAAACCACUAAGUACAUCAGAGGAAGGAGGAGAAACAACCCCAGCUGAAAUGGACAAAAAUGUCUUGAGAGCCAAUCUUAUCCAGUAUUUGUUAAGAGAAAGUAAUGGAGUAAACUGGCCACAGAGUUUUCCCAAACUCCAACCCUUAGAAACCAUGGAUGAGAUUUGGGCAGAUUUACCUGAUCAUCACAAGUACGCCAUACUGGUGUUUGAAGACAGCCCCUCAGAUAUUGGGGUGGAGAUUAUCUUGGACAUGUCUUCAAAUCCAGAGUUUGUUGUGAGGCGAAUGUUAAAGGAAUCUGUGACCAAAUAUGGCGUGACAACUUUCCCAUCUGUGUACCAGAUCCACCGAGAUGGAAUUUUUCAACAAAUUGCCCCAAAAGCAACAAAACGUGAAGAGUUUGUCCACGCGCUUAAAGAUCUGGCGGGAGCCUCCAGAGAUGAACAAGUGCUGGAGAAGGCAAGGGGAGAAGACUCUGACAAACUUUACUUUGAGAGUCCAGUAAAACCAGUGGCUAAGAAUGCGAGGGGCCUGAACAUGAAGGACUUGGAGUCCAGCUUACAUUAUUCCCUACGGCAGGAAGUGGCCCUCCGACAUUCCAUCAGUGGCAAGGAACUGACAGCUCUUAAGCUCUACAUCAAGGCUUUGGCCAUGUAUUUCCCUGGAAGAGAACCAGUUAUGAAGUUUUUGCACAAACUCCACAGCUGGUUGGAAGAGUCCACAUCAGAUAUCUCAGGGGAAGAAUGGGUGGCAAAGCUGGAGAGUUUACAGACAGCUGAUGCCUACCUACCAGAUAAAGUGGAGUGGGUGUGUUGUAAGGGUAGCCAGCCUAAGUUCCGAGGCUACCCCUGUGGUAUGUGGUCACUGUUCCACACCCUCACUGUCAAUGCUCACUCCCACAAGCAAGAAGAGGGCAAUGAACCGAGACUAGUGCUGAUGGCUAUGAGAGGCUAUAUCAAGAAUUUCUUUGGUUGCAAGGAGUGUAGUCAGAAUUUUUAUAAGAUGGCUGCCAAUUUGGAGUCAGAAAUAGAAAGCAGCCAGGACUCCAUUUUGUGGCUUUGGCAGGCUCAUAAUAGGGCCAAUGCUCGUCUCCACGGUGACCCAUCUGAAGAUCCUGAACAUGUUAAAAUACAGUUCCCAUCAGAGAAAGAUUGUCCAGAGUGCCUGGAGGGACGAGACCGUAAGGGGAAGCCACUCUGGCAUGAAGAUAAGGUGCUGGAGUAUUUACUGAAGUAUUACGAUAGAAAAAAUAUUGUCUUUGGUAGUGUAUCUUCUCUGGCAGGGGUCACAACUAGUAGACAACCACCUUCACAUGAUUCCACCUCACCCCUGGAUUGGUGGGAGCUUCAACAGCGACGGGCAGACCUUCAGAAAUUAGCAGAAAUUCGUCAAAAGAAACGUGAAAAGUCAAGACUUCAAAUCCAAGGUUCUGAGGGGACCUCAGCUUCCUACAACUCGAAAGAUGGCAAUAGGCUGCUUUUUGUUCGAACCGCAAGGUCAAAGGUUGUGACCCCAUGGGGUUUUAACCAGCUUGACAUCAGUUUAUGUAUGUUACUCUGGAUCGUGUCAUCGGGAAUUGUUAUCCUCCUGUAUUUUCACAUCAUGGUCAGAAAGAAGAAAAAGCCAUGUAGUAUCCUUCCAUUUUGAUGUAACUUUCCCAUUACUCAAACAAUUUUAUGUACAUGUAUAUGUAUAUAUAGAUAUAUAUUUUUAAUGUCAAAUUCGUGUUUAUUUGUGAGAUAUAAUGCUAUAUUUUUGUGCUGGGAUGGAGAAUAUUAAAAUAGUAGUAUACUGUUUUAUACAAUCAGAAGUACUUUGGAAUCAGAAAUUCUAUGGCUUGGCGUCAAAAUUGAAAGGUUCAAAUAAUUCUGAAUGGCACUGCAGGUCACUAAAGUUGGCAAUAACCACAGGCUGUAAAUGCCUGACAUCGUUAUAUAACGAUAAUACAAGAAGCAAUGACAGCUGCUUGAAACUGGGUGAAAUUUUUAAUCAGUGUGAACUAUUGUCCUGCAUAUUUUGCCCACCAAAAAACUGAAUGACUUGGUUUCUAGAAUGGAUCCCACCAUUUAUGCAUUAUGAAAGUGGUCAUUCUGUGAUACCAUCUGGUGAGGCUAUAACUUAUCUCGGGUGGUAAGGCUAUAACUUAUCUCGGGUGGUAAGGCUAUAACUUAUCUCAGGUGGUAAGACUAUCACUUAUCUCUGGUGGUAAGGCUAU